AUGCGAUACUUCGUAUCCGGGAGAGCAGUGCGCUCUUAUCACGUGAGAAAGCUUUGGGGCAUUCAGUUUGGCUCUGGCGGCGCUGGCCGCGACAGUUUCGAGUCCAUAGCUGACCGGUGAGGAGCGAACAGAGGCCAGCACAGAGCCAGCAAUGGAGCCGCACCAGGAUUCGCCCGUGUACGCCAACUACGAGGAUAUGCGCAACUCCGGUCCGGCCAGCUCCACGGCCUACAUGGUCAACAUGGGAUCCGCCGGAAUGGGACCAGAGCCGGCUCAUCGCGUGCCCGGCACCACUCAGCAGUACCGCGGAUUCAAGACAUCGGAGAACGAGCCGAGGGGCUGCAUGGAGUGGGUGGUCACCCUGUUCUCCGUGCUGAUCUUCAUCAUCACCUCGCCCAUCGCCAUCUUCAUUUGCUUCAAGGUGGUGGCGGAGUACGAGCGGGCGAUCAUCUUCCGGCUGGGCAGACUGAGCGGCGGAGCGCGUGGUCCCGGCAUGUUCUUCAUCUUGCCGUGCAUCGAUGAGUACCGCAAGGUGGACCUGCGCACGGUCACCUUCAAUGUGCCGCAGCAGGAGAUGCUGACGAAGGAUUCCGUGACGGUCACCGUGGACGCAGUGGUCUACUAUCGGAUCAGCGAUCCCCUCUGCGCGGUCAUCCAGGUCGAAGACUUCAGCAUGUCCACCCGCCUCCUGGCAGCUACCACGCUCCGAAACAUCGUCGGCACUCGCAACCUGUCCGAGCUGCUCACCGAGCGCGAAACCCUGGCCCACAACAUGCAGGCCACCUUGGACGAGGCCACCGAGCCGUGGGGCGUCAUGGUGGAGCGCGUUGAGAUCAAGGACGUCUCCCUGCCCGUUUCCAUGCAGCGUGCGAUGGCCGCCGAGGCGGAGGCCGCUCGUGAUGCUCGUGCCAAGGUGAUCGCCGCCGAGGGCGAGAAGAAGUCCGCCACAGCGCUCAAGGAGGCCUCCGACGUCAUCUCAUCCAGUCCAUCGGCCUUGCAGCUGCGCUACUUGCAAACACUGAGCAGCAUCUCCGCCGAGAAGAACUCCACCAUCGUCUUCCCUCUGCCCAUGGAGCUGCUGACUCCGUACCUGGCCAAAUACGCCCACUUGAUGGGCCCGCCACCGGAAUUUAAGCCAUCGCCGGGGAAGUCCGACAACUUAGUUUUAGACGCACAGGCCGCUUGGCCAAAGACCAACCUAUGAUUUGAAUGAAGGGCGUUGCCAGAGUUUAAAAUAUUAAUAACGUCAUAUAUUUUUUUUUU